UCGUUUGACAGUUGCGAGAUCUAAACAAAUGUGGCCACAACGUGUUUCACUUGCUGGUUCCAAAAACGGAGGCGGUUUGCAUUUCUUUUCGUUUGAUUCCUUUAUCAUUAUUUUUGUUUCAGAAAGUGUUGUUUGAAAGUGAAAAUGGACAAUUCGAAAAAAAGCCACGCAUCCAGUAAGUUCAGCAAAAAUGAACUACGCCGCCGCAGCCGCACAUACCUGCACCGGCAAUGUCGCAUCAUCGUUCGAAACCUGCCGUAUAAAAUCACGGAAGAGAUGCUGCGUAGCAAAUUCGACGGGUUUGGCAAUCUUGAGGAAGUUAAUAUUCUUAAGCGGGAGGAUGGAAAGCUGGUUGGCUGUGCGUUCCUACAAUUUUCCAAGCGAGAAGAAUCUGAUCGGGCCAUUCAAGAGAUGAACAGCCAGUUUUUGAUGGGAAGGAAGGUAGAGGUGCAUUACGCUAAGGAUAAAGCAGAUUUUUCUAGGAUAAAAAGAAAGCAAAUCAAACAAGAAGAUGCCGUUAAAAUUGAAGACGAUGAUGAUGUCCAAAUUAAGGAUGAAGAUGAGGAUAACGAUGAUGAUGAAGACGACGAUGAUGAUGAAGACGACGAUGAUGAUAAAGACGACGAAGACGACGACGAUGACGACGAAGAUGAUGAGGAGGAGGAUGAGGAUACCAAGCCUCCAAAAAUGUCGAAAAUGUCCGUAAAAAAAGAGAAACAACGGAACGAAGUUGAGGAAGAGCGUGAAGUGUUUGUAAAGAACAUACCAUUCACAGUGGAUGCAAGCGAACUGAAAGAGAUAAUGUCCCAGUUCGGCAUAGUGGAGAAAGCUCUAAUCAACAAAGAGCGCGUAUCGGGACACUCGAAAGGGACGGCCUUUGUAAUAUUCCGGUUGAAAGACUCAGCUCAACUCAGUUGCCGACAAAGUCUCAAACUGAAAGUGCGUGAUCAGUUUGUCGAAAUUUUGCCUGCACUACGCAAGGCGGACAUUCUGCAACGUGAAAAAAUGAGACAGGAGAAACAAGCGAAAGAUGCACGAAAUCUGUACCUCAUUAAGGAAGGAUUAAUAAUGGCUAAUUCGUCCGCGGCAAAGGGAGUAUCGAAGUCUGAUAUGACCCAAAGAUUGCGCUUAGAACAGCGCAGCCAUGAAUUGCUAAAGAAAUUCAAUCGGUUUGUCGCACGAGAGCGCUUAACUAUUCACAACAUCCCGCAGUCCUACACGAAUGAGGAGCUACGCAAAAUGAUCAUCAAAUUCACUUCCUACAAACCGAAGGAAUGCCGCGUGAUGCAAGACAACCGCCCUUCGUUCGGCAGUGCAAAGGGAAAAUCGCGGGGGUACGGAUUUGCUUCGUUUGCCAAACAUGAAAUAGCGCUGGAAGUUCUACGCAAGCUCAACAACAAUCCGGAUGUUUUCGGAAAGAACAGCAGGCCAAUCGUUUCGUUUAGCAUUGAAGAUCGAAACGUUUACAACAUCAGACAGAAACGAUUGGAAAAAUCGCGCCUCAAUAAUCCUACCUACCAGAAGAAAAUGGAAGAGCUGAAAGCGAAAAAGCUGCAAAAAUUACAAUCCCGAAAGAAAACCAAUCGGGAAACACUGGAGCAAUUGGCCGUAGCACCGACUACACUGUUGCAAAAACUUAACUCCAAGACGAGGGCUAUCGAAUUGAGGCAGAAAAAGAAACAACGCAAACGUGACAUCGAGCAGAUACCAUUCGCGGGAGAGCUGGCGAAAGAAGGGAAGACGAACAUCCGAUCGACUCGUAAGAUAUCGGGUCAAGCCGAUUCCCACAUGAAGCGAAUUCAGCAGGAGCGCAAAGAAGAGAAAAGGGAGCGCCUCAGACAGGAGCACGCGAGGAACAAGAGAGCAAAACAGGGCGUAAAAAAGGUUAAACAGAAGAUGAACUUCAACGAAUUGAAAAAGGAAGAUGCAUUCUUUAAAGAAGCCAUAGGAAAGUACAAGGAUAUGAUCAGCCAAGCAAACAAACAACCAGUACGAAGUAAAUGGUACAGCGAGUAGCAUCGCAGCACAUUAGC